AUGGCUGAUUCCGAGCAGAAGGCACGAUACCUGGCUAUGCGCCAGGCGCUAUCAGUCAUCGAGGCGCAGCCCGACGGCCUUUGCGGCGGCUGCGCCGAGUGGCAAAACCGGCACCGUCGGGAUACAAAGCAACUCCUCCAGGAAGUCGCCCAUUUGAGGGCAGCUUUGCAAAGGAUGCUGGCUCAGAUGGGACAGUUGUUACCUGCCGAAGACGUUUCUAGGCUGCAACAGGAGCUCAAUCUUGACUCCCGUCUGUUCAACCAGGGCGCGAAGCCCUGCAUCACGGAGAACCCCCUCGCGAAGUGGAGGUUGGCCAGCGUUGGUAAAGAGGUCGUCAAUUUGAAGGCAGAAAAUGCCGCGUUGAAGAAGCGACAAGCGGAAAGCGACGCAGAGCUGGCGGAGCAGCGGCGGCGAAGUGCGGCGCUGGAGCGGGAGCUCCGGGAACUGAAGCAGCAAAUGGCUCAGAAGGAGAUCCAGGCCGCCAGCCCCGAGUUCGCUUUCGAGGCUCGCCGCGGGAAACCGCAGAAGACGAAGGACCUGUCUCUGUUCCCUCGGACCUUCUUGAAGCAAAAGGAGGAGUCCUACCUCAGUCGCCAGCCCUCGCGACCCACUGUCGUCGACAUGAAGUUAGCAUCGUCCCCGAGCUUGGGUCGACUGCAGCUCGGUGCAACGCCUUAG